AUGGAAAAGAGUCAAAAUAUAUUAUUUUCAACAUAUUUUCUUGGUCAUUUAUCUCUUUGUAGUUACAUGCUGAUGCGUGAGACGUGGCACUGGCAUCCAAUGGAACGUCCAUCUUUUUCCGAGAUUGUUGAAAAUUUAGAUAAAAUUUUAAGCAUAACUGCAAAUGAAGAAUACUUAGACUUAGGUUUACCACAACUUGAAACUCCGCCAAGCUCAAGUGAUGAGUCUGGCGAUAACAAAGAUGAGUUUCCUUAUCUUUUGUAA